GCAAAUUCAUGAAGCGUUCCAUAUUUUUCAUGUUAAAACCAGUGGAAAUGUGUGUUGGAUAUAGGGGGUGGGUGGAAAGUAAAACCGUGAAUCAUGUAAACGUGGAAAUUUUUUCUAAAAAAAAAAUAAAAUAUUUAAAUCUAAAAAAAAAAAGUAGGGAAGGGUCUAGGGCUGCAAUUUAUGUGGAAGAAUGGUAUUAUAUAUUUGUUUCUCUUUGUUCAUUUUGGUAUUUUUGAGCACUGUAAUAGAUAGUUUCCUUCUGAUUAGUUUUCUAAAAUUUAUCAAAUUUUUCUUCACAGGAGAUUUUGUUACUGAGUUCUUUAAAAUUUGCCGGCGAAAGGAAUCAACAGAUGAAAUUCUUGGAAGAUCCACAUUUGAAGAAGAUGGGAGAGAAACUGUUGAUAUAACUCAUGCAUUGUCAAAGCUGACAGAACCAGCACCAGUUCCAAUCCAUAAGUUAUCGGUUACAAAUAUGGUACACAGUGCGAAGAAGAAAAUUCGAAAGCAUAGAGGUGUAGAAGAGUCACCUCUGAAUAAUGAUGUCCUCAAUGCUAUUCUCUUGUUCCUAUUCCCUGAUGCUGCUUCUGACAAACCAUUAGAUGGAUUUACUUCAACAGGCAAUAACAAUCCUUCAUCAGAUAAUGAAGAAUAU